CAUACAAAUAUAUAAAGGAGACAUGAAUAAUAACUUUACCAGGGGUAGUCAUUAUUAUAUAAAGAUAUUAAAAACAGGACCAUAUGUUGAGAGUUUUCACAGAUUUAAAUUGAGGACAAAUCGCCACCACACAAAAAAACACGAACCUCUCCCGGUGCCUCCCUGUGCUAAAUGUAACCACCCCUACAUGUAGAUUCACCUGCCCAAGCUGCCCAGUACCUUCAAAACAAAAACCCAAAUAAGUACUCAAAUGAACUAAAAUAAUAAUAUUAAAGUUAUAAUCAAGCUAAUUCUUUAAGUCAAAACAGCUACAAAAUAAAAUAAUAUUUAAUUAAUAAAUGAAAUCACAAUUAAAGGAGUAGCUCAAACACAUUUAUUAUAAAGUACUUAUUUCGGUCGAGGAGCAAGUGAAUGCACAGCGAGUCAUUUGUUGCAGUUUGAAACCCUCACCACUAGAUGCCACUAAAACAUACACACUGAACCUUUACAAGAAAGAUAUUCGCACUGGGGCUAAUCAUACUCACUGCUGGUGUAAUGAGUAGCCAAAUUUGUAUUUAGUGUUUGAUUAUUUUAGUAUAUUUUGAUGCUAAUACGUUGGUACUUCCAGUAUUUGAUAAUGAGUACUUCCACAACAGCUGAUACGUCCCGGUCGGGCCUGAUUCUGACAGAUCGUGAAUACUAAAGCUGACGCAGCUCUCACUUUCUCCUCUUCGUCUUUCCUUCUCAUCUGUCUUUGUAAUCUCAAACAUUUUCUUUGUAUGUGCUUAUGGUGUGUGUGUGCGUGUGUGUGUGUGUGUGUGUGUGUGUGUGUGUGUUUUUGCAUGUGUUUAUGUUGUGUGUGUGCGUGUUUGUGUGUACUUAUGUUGUGUGUGUGCAUGUGCGUGUGACGGACGGGUAUCAGCAUGGAUUAGUGAGUAAAGGUAAGCGCGUGUCUCUCCCUGUCGAGGCGGAUUUCCAUCACUCUCCUCUUCGCUCCGGUCGCACACACACCGACCCGGUCUGAACCGUCUCCUCCUCCCCCCCUCCGACCCUCCCGCUGCCGUCUCGUGGCGGCGUAGCACUCCGCACGCCUGUUUGUGUGUGUGAGAGUGUGUGUGUGUGUGUGCGGUUGUUUUUUUUGGUCUCAGACCGUCUUGCGAUGCCAUUUCUCCCCCAGGACGCGGAGCGAUUCGAUGGGCUGUCUCUUCUCUACUGGACGAUCAUGGGCCCGCAUGGCAUCAGCCGAGCCGUACAGAGGCUGGAGUUCUGCGACUGCAAGAAGGGACUCGGUGUGAAGAUAAUCGGGGGUUACCGAGAGCUGACGGGAGAAGAGUUUGGUAUCUACAUCAAGAGGGUGAUAGGCGGUGGGUUGGCGGCUAUGGACGGUCGGCUUAAGUCAGGUGACCUGAUUUUGGAUGUCAAUAACAUCAGUCUGAUAGGGGUGACCAAUGAGAGGGCGGUGGAGAUCUUGAGGACAGCCUCACUCUCUAAUCACAUGUCCCUGCUGAUCGCCAGAGAUGAUGAAUCCAGGAGGGAGUUUGCUGAGCUGAUGGAGAAGUACGGCUCCAAUAAUGUCGCAGCUUCAGGACGAAUCUCUCCCACGCAGCUCUCCGCAGGGAAGCUGACGGACACCGCCUCCUCCUCCUCCUCUUCCAGAUCAGAGAGCCCCCAGCUCCUCAGUCCUAAAGAGGGGGUCACAGCCUACACCCACGCCCCCCCUUACACCAUGCACACGUCCUCGCACGCCUUCAGUGACAGCGUCAUUCAGUUGAUAUGCGUGGCCAAGGGAACAGGCCUGGGGCUGGUCAUCAAGGGCGGAGCUAACCGUGCAGAAGGACCAAUGGUGUUGAUUCAGGAAAUAGUGCCUGGAGGAGACUGCCAGAAGGACGGCAGGCUGCAGGUUGGGGACCAGCUGGUGUCCAUCAACAAAGAGUCCCUGAUCGGAGUGACGUACGAGGAGGCCAGGAGCAUCCUGACACGCACCAAGCUCAGACCCGACCCUACGGUGGAAAUUGCCUUCAUCAGGCGGAGAUCAUCCUCCAGCUCCAGCAGCGGGCCUCACAGCCCCAUCUCCCUCCAGGGGUCUGGCGGCGGAACUGGACCCCAGAUGAGGCCCCCGGGGCUGGGCGCAAUGCCUCCUCAGCCCACCGUGGUCACCAAGAUCACCUCCAGCCGGAACCCUGCCUGUGAGACUCUGCCAGCAGUCAACGUCAGUCAGGUGCGAGUGUCUCCGGCCAGAACCGAGCCGACUCAGGUCUCCUCCCCAGCAGAGAGCGACAGCAUCCCUGAAACACACCCUGAGGCCGUCAGCAGCCAGCCUCCUCAGAGGAGAUGCUCCCUCAGCACCAGCUGCCGCCUCAGACUGGAGAGGGUGGAGCAGGCUCUGGAUCUGCUCGGGCUGAAGCCCACAGAGGCUCAGCAGCAGGCGCUCAGGUCCAGACUUCAAGCCGAUCCAGCCGGGACGGUGGCCUUCACGGAUUUUGAGGGCCUGAUCAGGGAGCUGUUCACGCCUCAGCUGGAGGAGUUGACCGUCACCCAGCCGGGGUCGAGGUUCACAUCUGAUGACCUGUCCAGUUUGUUGGAGUCGCCCACAAACCCGCUGCCGUCGCCGUCGGACUCGGAGGACCUUGAGGAGAUGGAGCGGCUGAGGAAGGAGCACAUCGAGGCUCUGAGGGAGAUCAAGAGACUUCAGGAGCAGCUGAUCGAGUCUCAGAGAGUUCACCAUCAGCUGGAGGAGGAGCUCAGCAAGGUCAAACAGGAAGUAAAAGUCGGAGCAGAGGAGAGUCGGGCUUUAAGGGCUCGGAUCCAGCUGGCCGAGGCGGCUCAGAAGCAGGCGAGGGGCAUGGAGAUGGACUACGAGGAGGUGAUCCACCUGCUGGAGGCCGAGAUCGCUGAGCUGAAGACUCAGAGAGCGGAGCAGCCAGUGCCGACCAAUAAGGAGGAGACGGAGGAGCUGAAGAAGAGAGUGGCCGUCCUGGAGUGUCAACUACGGAAGAGCGAAGUGGCCAAAAGGGGCUUUGAGAUGUCAACGGGAAAACUGCUGAGUUUUGUGGAGAACGUUCAAGAGUUCCUGCUCGAAAGUCACGGACCAACGAAGAGCUACAGCUCCGGAGACGUUAAAGUUGGCGCGUCGCCUCAAGGCCUCCCUUCUCGCUACAAGAAGAGUCCCUGGACUUCAGCCACGCUCGUUCAGGAGGCGAAGGAGCUCACUAGGACUGUCAGAGCCAUCCUGGAGGUCGACUUGCUGACCUUCUAGAGGAGCCGACUGUAGGAGAACCGAGUCAGCAAGGCUCUGAAACGUCGGCAGGAACUCAACGGCCAACCGUGAACCCGAACACUCUCCUCCCUGACAACUCCUCAUCUCCUGCUAGCAAUGGACUCAUGUCUUAACUCUGCAUGAAAUGUUUUGUUUCUGUCAAGCUGCACAUUUAUCACAGCACAUUCUCAGAACAGUCAGUACCCACUGAGCAGCGGCGUCACUCCAGAGUUUUAACCUGAAUACCAUGGAAAAGAAAUGCAGUCUUUGUACAAGCUCAAAUGAGUAAUUUGCUGUAGAUUUUUUAGUAGAUAGUUGUGACUUAAACUGCAGUUUGUCUUGACAAUAACCAGUUCAUCUUUUAAGAGACUUGCAAUACGGUUCUACAGGUUAAUAUUCUGGAAGGAGACCAUUGUAGAGUUGAUGGACUGUGUGAACAUUUAGUAAUUUUGCCAAUAGGUCACCUUAUUAAUUAUGUAAUGAGAGUAAUGGCACCAAAAUUGCUAAUAGUUAAGAUGUCUGUGAAGGUUCUCAAGCAUCCAGCUCAUAGUUAUCUAAGGAAGGUUAAAAUCGAGGGCAGCUUCACUUAGUUGAAGAUACUAGAAGCAUCUUGGCAUCUUCACCUGAGGCCAGAAGUGGACAAUUCAAUGCUACCCUUUCAUCACUCCCCAGGAAACCAAACAAGGUGAGGAUACCAACGAUCGUCAUUCAGACUUGGACUCAGGUGACUCUAACAGCAGCCAGGAGCACUAAUGAAUCAGCAGUAUCGUAUCGAUGCUCUUGGCAAACAACCGCACAGAGGUUAAAUAGCUGACUUUCCCUACUAGUCAGUCAGGACUGAAGGAAUCUCUUGGAUGAGGAACGAAACAUCUUCUUGUAUCUUCAACGUCCAGUCCAGUUGCCCUUGAUUUUAACCAUCCUUGGAUAAUAGUUAAGAAACAUACUAAUAUAUAGCAAACAGCCUCCACAGUUCUGACCAAAGAGCUGGAGAGUCAAAAAUGGAGGACGCUGUCAUGGUGUGGCCUUUGACAGCUUUGAAACAGGAGUCGAUAGGAUGAAUCCAUCUAUGUGAACCCAUCGUCUCUAGUGCGAUCUAGCCAAGGAGCUAACUAGCUAGCUCAGGAAGCUAUUGUGACUGACAGCAUCUACCUGCAGUAGUCACUACAUCACCAGCCCUGUGGAACCACAUAUUUCUCCAAGGCGUGCAGAGUUUCCCAGCCACUUUCUGGUGUGACCAGGGGUUCAGGCUGCUGCUUGGCCAAGACAUUUUGGCAACUUGUCAAAAAAACUAUUUUACAUUUAAGAGUUUAAUGAUUUUAUAUGCCAUGUUUUCAGCUUGUUCUGUUGCCCCCAAGUGACCAAAAAAGUCAGUAAACUUUAAGUUCUUACAAGACUAAUGCAGAGUGAGCUACUCGAAGUGGCUAAAAGUGUUAGCACUCAUCAGAAUCACAGUCUGUUUACACCGGCAUUAAAAUGCGUCUCGUAUCCACAUUGUACCUGGAUUUGAUUUUUACCUGAUUACGUUUACACCUGGUUUUAAUAUGCAUCUUCAGUGUCCACAUUAAGAUCCGAUCGAGUUCCGAUCCCGGUCCAGCUCAAACAACCGCACGUCACGUCCUCCUCUCGUUUGCUCUAUAACUAAAAUAACUCUGCUUCCCACCGUGAUUUGUUUUCCUCCAUGGAUUAUACACCAUAGUCGCAGCAAGUACUGUUCCAAUUCAGAAGUCUGCUUCCAGCCAAGUACAGUCAAAUACCUGGAUGUGUUCUCGCUCCGCCCGCUUUACCGAUCCUGCGUUGGUGGUGACUUGUGUGGACUUCGCAUAGUCAAGUAUCCCAGAAUGCAAAAUCACAACUGUAAGUUAUAAUGCUGCUGUUCAUGUGUCAUGGAAUGCAGUUUUAAGAGUUUUUAUGUGGGAAUAUAGUUGUUUAAACUCCAAAUGUUGGCUGUUGGCUAACGCGUCCGGCUGUUCCAAUUUGCUGAAUGACUGACUGUGUGCUCCCGUUCCUCAGAAAUUGUACUCCCGAGCAAAUAUUUUGCAAAUAUUUCUGUACUUUUACUAAAGUACAGGAUUUUUCAGGAUUUGACUGUUCAUUUAUAAGACUUUAGAUAUACGUACGUAUUUUGGCUCGUGUAGUUGUUGUAUGCUGUUAGGCCUAGUCCACACGGACACGGGUAUUUUUAUAACCGGAGUUAUUUGUUUAAAAAAAAUGUACAUGAAAUCCCAAACAUGCUGUCAAGCGCUGCCAAGAGCAUGGAGUUUCUUAAAAUCCUCACGUAUUAAAAAAUGUUUGGUUUCAGUGCCCUGAUACUGCGUUUCUGUGUGGACGAACGGCAGAAACCGCAGAGAAAAAGUCAUGGUUUUUAAAAUACCUGUAGACAGGGCCUUAGACAUUUGCAUUUCCACUUGUCUUCACCGUGGUCACCCUGACCACCUCCGGAGGUGGUUUUACCGAUCAGAUCACAAUUGGGCCACAGUGCUUCUUGGGUACAUUUACAUCUGUACUUUAAUGUGGUUAAACAUUAUCCCAUUAAAAUCCAAAAUGCAUUUUAAAGCCGGAUGUAAACAGCUUCAGAGAUAGUGCCAAAACACUCAUCAGAUCAGAGAAAGUGAGCAACGGUCAUAACUCCCAAAACGUUGGUGUAGUCCUUUAAAUUGUAUCCAACCUCUGUCUCUGUAACAGUAAAACCUUCAUUUAACAAGUAACAUCAAACACUAUGAUCCUUUAAUGUCACAGUAUCACUUAUUUUCUGUAGCUGCCAGCCACUUAAUCCAGUCAGACAAUAACUCACCGUAGCUUCCUGUUAUCUAAUCGAUGUGUAGCUUUGUGUUUGAGUGGCUGAAUGCUCGUGUUUGUGCAGUAGAUUAGCCAGCAAACCACAGCCUAGAAGCAUCAUCAAACAAACCCGCAAACCUCCCUCGCCUACAAACACGAGGACAGGAAGGGUGAAGGCACGUGGUGAAGGAGCCGCCACAUUCAUAUUGGAACACAGCCAUCGUGGUCUGAUACCAGCAAGGAUUAAAGGACAGUUCAAGCCUGAUCGGACGUUUUUUUCAUGUUUGGAGUGAUUUGCUGUUUGUCCUUUACCUUUUUCUGAGUAAAUAUUCUGA